AUGGUCAUCGAUUCGGGUCGAGAGCCUGUGGCGUAUCGUGUCCCGGCGCCGACACAGGACAAGCCCAAAACCAAGCAGCUACCAGUGACCUUGCUCUCUGGCUUCCUGGGUAGUGGAAAAACCACUCUAUUGAAACACAUCCUCAAGUCCCCCGAUCAUGGCUUGCGCAUCGCAGUCAUUGUGAAUGACAUGAGCCAACUCAACAUAGAUGCUGCCCUCAUCAAGAACCACAAGGUCUCUCAAACCACCGAAAAACUCAUCCAGCUACAGAACGGCUGUAUUUGCUGUACUCUGCGUGGAGACCUACUUUCCGAAUUAGCCCAGCUCACAAAGCAAAAUGAAAUCCAAUAUGUCAUUAUCGAGAGCACGGGCAUUAGCGAGCCAAUGCAAGUUGCCGAGACAUUUACCUCAGAAUUCAGUGCUGCCAUGUUGGAGGCCGAAGACCAGAUUGCGGACACUGAUGAAGACACUAAGAAGGUCUUGAAAGAAAUGUUCGUGCUAUCCCGACUCGGUGCUGCCUAUUUCCGGUCUAAUAUCCGCAGCGUUGAAAUGGGUGGUCUACACACGAUGGCUCGUCUCGAUACCACAGUCACGGUCAUCGAUGCCUUCAAUCUCCUCUCCAACUUUGACACUACAGAGUUCCUGUCUGACCGCUAUGGGCGAGAUGAGAUCGUUCCUGAGGAUGAACGCACGAUCUCCGAUCUUAUGGUUGACCAGAUCGAGUUUGCCGAUGUGCUCAUCAUCAAUAAGAUUGAAUCAGUUGAUCAAUCGACACGAGACAAGAUCUCUCAAUUGGUCAGGCUUCUCAACCCCGAUGCAAAGGUUCUCAUGUCGAACUAUUCUCAAGUGGACGUGCGUGAGAUUGUUGCAACCAACAAAUUCGAUUUCGUGCGGGCUGCUUCUGGCGCUGGGUGGCUUCGUAGCUUGCAUGAGAUGACGAUCCGACAAACCGGUAAUGGGGAGCGUAUGGCUCCUAAGCCGGAGACUCUGGAGUACGGAAUUAACAACUUUGUUUACUCCGCUCGGCGACCCUUCCACCCACGUCGGCUCUUCUCUCUUCUCCACGACAAGUUCAUUCUUCUGCAGAACAAUGAAUUGGAGGAACAGGAGGAAGGCGAGGAUAUGGAGGAAGACGAUGACCAUGAGCAAGAUGAUGACGAGAUGGAUACCGACACCGACUCCGUGCAGGACUUCGACCAACCAGAUCCUGAGGACAUCCUCAAGAACAAGCGCCAACACCCUGCUUUCGGUCCCGUCUUGCGUUCAAAAGGCUUCUUCUGGUUACCUACUCGGCCAUUCCAGUUCGGAGAAUGGAGUCAAGCCGGCGGUAUGUUGACUGUCGGCUGUGGAGGACCUUGGUUUGCAGAAGUACCCGAUGAAGCCUGGCCGGAAGACGAGGAUGUCGUAAAGUCGAUUCAAAACGACUUCCAGGGCCCCUGGGGAGACCGACGCCAAGAACUUGUGUUCAUUGGCGAGGGAAUUGACGAGACUGCGAUCUCGGCUAUUCUUGACAAGUGCCUCCUGAGUGAUCAAGAUAUGCAGCAGUGGGAAAAAAUCAUGAGGAAUAAGAAGCUUAGCCGAGAGGCUAAGACUAAGAAGCUGGCUAGUAUCUGGGAAGAUGGUUGGGAGGAAUGGCCUGCUUUUGAGAUCGAGGACGAGGAGGAGCAGGGGAAGCACCGCAUCAGCGAGUAUAUAGGUCAUCCACAGGGCCCGAAGAUGGGUCAUAAGCAUAGCCACCAUUAG